AUGCCGUUUCCUCCACAAAAUCUUCAAAAUGUCCAAGGGUUUGGAAAUUAUGCCCCUCGAGGUCCAUAUCAACCGCUUCCAGCCGAAUAUUGGCAAAACAUGAGUCAUCCAUAUUUCACGCCGUCGGUUGUUCAUGGAUAUGGUACCCCGCACACAACUGGUAUGUCUUUCACUCCUUCAAUGUCGAAUGAACCUGCAACUCCGACUUUUGUCCCGGAAACUCAACUUUCCGACCGUGAAUCCCCAAUUGAGGUGGUCAAUUUAGAAAAGACGGUUUCAAAUGCUAAGGGUACAAGAAAGCGUUCAAGUUGGACAAAGGUUGAAGACGAGGUCUUAGCGAGAAGUUUUGUCACUAUCAGUGAUGAUCCAAUAAUCGGCAAUGAUCAAAAGGCGGAUGCUUUUUGGGGACGGGUUGCAAGCUACUACAAUGAGAAUCUUCCCCAAGGUUCAAACACCAGAAGUGCAAAUGUUAUACGGUCACAUUGGCACAAUACAAUCCAAAAGAAGGUAUAUCGAUUCAACGCAAAUUACAAUAGUAUUUAUAGUUCAUAUCGAAGUGGUCACAGUGAUGAAGAUAUAUUGAGGUUUGCGUAUGAAAAAUAUCUAUCUGAAAACAAGGGUGUUGCAUUCAAUCUCGAACAUGUGUGGAGAAUUGUCAAAGACCGUCCAAUAUUUACUCCAUAG